ACAAAUAUGUUACUCAACAAGUCAUUUAACUAAUAUUCCUAAAUUUAUUACAAUUCCUAAAUUUAAUGUAUAUCAGUAUCAUGUAAUUUUUGAAAAUACAAAUGUAAAAAAGAAAAAGAAAAAGAAAUUAAUUAGAAGAAAAUUUGCCAAUAUCGAGUGCUAUAGAAUUUGCACAAGAAAAUGCCGUGCGAUGGUAAAAACCCAAAUUGUGAUAGAAGACGUGAUUUACUAGCGCAAUUAAAAUGUUUAAUCAGUUCAAUGGAUAGAAGGAAACCAUGUGAAUGGGACGAGCCAUCUCGUCCACCAAUAGUAUAUUGUCCUAAGAGAUUACCUUUAUGUACUCCACCUUACUGUGAAUCUAUUAAAUCAUGUAAAUUCUUUGAUUUUCGAGCAAGCAUAAUGUAUAGAUGUGAAUGCAUCAAAAGAAAUGGUUUACAAGAUAGAUGCAUGAUGUGGAAUUGCAUGGGUAGACCAGAGUGCAUGACAAAAUUGUAUCCAAUUUGUGAAUCCGGUUACACCGCCUUAUUGAAGUUAACUGAUUUGGGUAAUAUGGAUGCUGCCCUUAGAAAAUUCUACUGCACGGACCAAGCUAGAGAAGCAGCUCUAGCUGCGUAUUGUAGAUUAGCUUGUGACAAACAAAGAGUUUUUUGUGCUUCUGAAAUGUCCAAUACAAGAAGCGUAUCAAAUGUCAGAAAUUAUUCAGACAGCAAUGAUUUUGCUUCUUCUUAUCGAUUUUGUAUACCAUCACCAUAUGUAGUAAAUUCUUGCGAUAUGUGUUGUACACCUUGCAAUUAGAGAAAUCAUCUCAUAUAAUGCACUCUUAAUAAACCUAUAUUCAUACUUGCUAAUCUUAACUGCAUUCGGGGAGAUGCUAUUUAGCACUAUUUGUGUUAUUCUAUCUUCAUCAUCUAUUAGAUGUGAAACAAGGAUAGUAUGAUACAA